GGGGUUUCGUCCUGUCAAUUUGUGAGCAAAAGCACGCAGGGUUUUGCAGAAAGCAGAGGUGCAGAAAUAAAUAACAAAUUACAAACUCAAAUAAUUCAACCCAGCCCAGGCCCCCCCUUUUCUCAACUCUUUCUUCUUGGUCUUCUCUGUGUUUUACACUCAGAUAGUGUAACCAGAAGCUGUAGCAAUUCAAAAAAAUGGCUCUGGGUAUUAGCAGCAGCAGCUUCUCCACUCAUUACAUGAAAAACCCACUUAUUUUUCCCAAGAAAACCAACAAUUCUGAUUUGAAUUUCAUGUUUUCUUGCUCCCCUGCUGCCAAUAAUUAUAGUAAACUCUGUAAAUGCACCACCACACAACAAGGAGGAGGAGGAGGAGGGGAGCUUUUCUCAGUCACUUCUUCCAACACUUCUGAUGUUGAUUAUCUUGGUGAAAGCACCAAAGGGGACUUAAAUCUCAACAUGGGAAUCAAUGGUCAGGCAUCAUUGCAAGGUCCUAUUGAGGAGAUUGCUAGGGUUGAAGCUGUGGAGGCUGAGAGGUUGCUUCGGAACUUGGGGAUUCCGGAUCCUUUAUCCACAAGAUAUUCUCCACGUGGCAUAUUUUGUAGCCGUACAUUGAACUUCCGGUCAAUUAGUUGCAUUGGAUAUGACAUGGAUUAUACUUUAAUCCACUACAAUGUGAUGGCCUGGGAAGGACGGGCUUAUGAUUAUUGCAUGGAAAACCUAAAAGGCAUGGGAUAUCCUGUUGAUGGACUUGCUUUUGAUCCAGAUCUGGUAAUCAGAGGACUUGUCAUUGACAAAGAGCGAGGGAAUUUAGUAAAAGCUGAUCGAUUUGGAUAUGUGAAGAGAGCUAUGCAUGGCACACAAAUGCUAUCGACUCAAGCUGUGAGUGAGUUGUAUGGGAGGGAGCUUGUAGAUCUGCGUAAGGAGAGUAGAUGGGAAUUUCUCAAUACUCUAUUCUCUGUUUCAGAAGCAGUGGCUUAUAUGCAGAUGGUGGAUAGAUUGGAUGAAGGAAUUAUGUCACCAGAUCUUGGACCACUUGAUUACAAAGCACUUUACAAGGCCGUUGGUAAGGCUCUUUUCAGGGCUCAUGUGGAAGGACGACUCAAGAGUGAGAUAAUGUCGAAGCCUGAACUUUUUGUUGAACCUGAUCCUGAGCUGCCUCUGGCACUUUUAGAUCAAAAGGAGGCUGGUAAGACGCUCUUGCUUAUUACCAACUCGGAUUAUCAUUACACCGACAAGAUGAUGCAGCACUCAUUCAAUAGAUUUCUUCCUAAUGACAUGGGUUGGAGAGAUCUAUUUGACAUGGUUAUUGUAUCAUCAAGGAAGCCAGAGUUCUUCCAAAUGUCACAUCCUUUAUAUGAAGUGGUGACAGACGAGGGUCUUAUGCGACCUUGUUUUAAGGCUCGUCAAGGGGGGUUGUACUCGGGGGGAAGUGCUCAGAUGGUCGAAAAAUCUCUAAAUAUUCACGGGGACGAGAUAUUGUAUGUUGGUGACCAUAUAUAUACAGAUGUAAGCCAAUCUAAAGUCCACCUCCGCUGGCGAACAGCACUGAUAUGCCGAGAACUGGAAGAAGAGUAUAAUGCCUUAAUUCAUAGUCGAGAUCAACGGACGAUGCUGAUAGAGCUUUUAAAUCAGAAAGAAGUUGUAGGGGAUCUAUUUAAUCAACUUCGCCUGGCUCUUCAGCGGAGAACCACGGGACGUCCUGCCCAGACCCUCGCUGCAACACAUAUGGAGGACAAAGAACUUACAGAAAGCAUUCAGAGGCUACUAGUGGUGAUGCAGAGACUGGACGCAAAAAUUGCUCCAUUGCUAGAAAGAGACGGAGAACACUUUAACAGAAGGUGGGGUUAUCUCUCGCGUGCUGGACUGUGGGAUAAGAGUCAUCUGAUGAGACAAAUAGAAAAGUAUGCUGACAUAUAUACUUCCAGGGUUUCAAAUUUCCUCCAUUAUACACCUUUUAUGUAUUUCCGUUCACAGGAGCAGACACUUGCUCAUGAUUCCUACUCAUUUUACCACCCCGUGCCAGAGAGCAACCAAUAACAGCAGCAGCUACUAACCCAAAAGCUGAUUGUAUGCCUUAUUGGUUAAGGUCGUCAUUGUGCCUGACCCUUUAAACUUCUUUACCGGGGAUGAUAACGAGGUCCAUUGUACAUGUUGAGAUUGUUGAAGAAGAGAUCUGCAGUCCACAGACACUGUAUAAUAUAUGAAAAUGCAUCUUUUAUUAAGAUUGGUUUCAUUUAUACAUGUAACAUGACUAGAAUGAGAUGGGUGCAUGAUGCUAUAUUUUGGCAUCUAAAUUUGCUACAAAAUUUGUCUCACUGUUGUUAUGCGGCACAAAUUUUGUAAGUUAUGAACAAGGUUGCUUACGAUUGUUUAACCCAAUGUGGUAAAUUUAAACUUAAUGUGAAAAUUGUCAAUUUCUACA